AUGUGGUGGCAGUCACUCGAAGGACCCAUAGGAACCGUGCGACCUGACAACGACCGCAUCCUCGCCCAACAACGCUUGAAACGGCCUGUUUCACCAUUCGUCGGCAUCUACCAGCCCCAGAUACCUUGGGUUCUAUCCAUUAGUGGUCGGAUUACGGGCUGCUUGUUGAGCGGCGGCUUCUACAUCUUCGGCAGCGCCUAUCUCAUCGCCCCCUACGUUGGCUGGGACCUCAGUAUCGGCUCGAUAGUAGCCACGGUCGCAGCUUGGCCAACACCAGUGAAGGCUCUGGUGAAAGCAGCGGUCGCUUGGCCGUUUGUCUUCCAUUGCCUGAAUGGACUGAGACACCUUACAUGGGACACAUCGAACAUGAUGACGAACAAGAAAGUGCAGGCAAGCGGAUGGGUCGUCGUUGGGCUGACUACUGUGGGGACUCUGAUCUUGGUGUUUGUAUAG